AUGGAGACGAAACAGCAGCAGCUGCAGCAGGAGAAACAGCAGCAGCAGCAGCAGCAACAGCAGCAGCAGCAGCAGGAGCAGGAGGAAGAGAAAGAGAAAGAGAAAGAGGAGGAGGAGGAUACAGAAGAGCAGAGACAGAAAGAGAUGAUGCAGCAAGCGCAGCAGCAAAGAGAGCAGCAGGAGAGAGAAGAACUGAAGCUUGCUGCUGCAGCAGAAACACUAACAAGAGCAGAUGAUAUGGUGACAGAGAUAUCUCACCAGCUAGAUGAACACCGGUGGUUUGUGAGGGCUUUGAAAGAGAGUAUAGAUAUUAUAGAGAUGCAGCAAGCAGCAACAGAAGCAGCAACAAAUGAAGCAGCAAUAGAAAGAGAAAGCGCAGUAUGCUGGAGCGCUCUGCUGUCUCUCCACGCCCCAGGUGAGGCUCUAAACAAAGAAGGAAAACAAGUAUUAGAUAGAGCAGCACAAAACAUCACGGAUAGACUGCAACAGAUAAAACAACAAAUCAGACUAAUGCAUAAUGAAGCAAAGAAAGUACCCGCGCAGCAACAGCAACAGCAGCAGCAGCAGCAGCAGCAGCAGCAGCGGAAACAACAGCAGCAGGAGGGAGAGGACAACAACAACCAGCAACAGCAGCAACAGCAACAGCAGCAGCAGCAGCAGCAGCAGCAGCAGCAGGUGCCUGAGUAUAUGAACAGCGAGCUAACAACAGAUAUCGUUUCUACGUUGCUGCUGCGGCUUGACGACGCAGAAGCUCUGAUUGGGCGCAUAACAGUUGAGUUAGAGCUGCUAGAGAAGACAGAGAAGAGAACAGCAGCAUUUGCUUCUUUACAAAGAGCAUCUACAGACUUAGGUAAACUGAUGAAUGCAUGGAGAGCAGCUGUUGUUGCUCUGCAUAACCGUCGGCUGUCUAUACACCUCAGAGGAGAGCUAGAAGAGUUAGAUAACAGAAGAGAGAUUGCAUCAAUACAAAUAAAAGAUAUACAACAAGGAAGACUCAGUUUUAAACAACAACAAACUGAAAAAAAAUGCGUUGAUGCGCUCCUAGCAGCCAGAGAUGCUGCUACCCUCGAUGAAGCUGCUGCUGCUGUCGCCAUCGCCCGCACUCUUACAGAGCAGCUCGAGGCCUGUGCUUACGGCCUAGAUGCUAACGAAGAAGAACACGUCUAA